AUGGAACAAAGCGCUCCUUACUCUGUUCCCAGCAAUGCAGCCAAGGUCUUUCGCGAUGGCAUCCUGUCGAGUACGCUGACUCGGAAGCAUCUUCUCGAUGGGCCACUACAAAAAUAUGCCGACGCUGUGUCUUUUGAGGGACCAGAUAACCCUAUCCUUCCUGUGAACUGGCGUUUUGCCGAGAGCAUGUCUGCCCUAAAGGCGCUCGAGGCCGUUUAUGUAAAUGCCAUCCUCGAUAAGCUAUACGGUAUUGCUCCCCAGAAAGUCAAGAUUAAUACAAACCAUGCUAUUCUCUUUAUCAUGUCUCUUCAGCUUUGGUCUCUCGAUCCCGAGGGCAGAAAUGUGAAGUUCAUGGAUACUCGCGCGAGCCAAGAGGCCAAGGAUUUUUACCUGAGCAAAUUCCAGGACUUUGACUACUAUCGGUCCCUUGAUGGGCCUUACCGCUGCUGUACGUCAAAUAUCUACCGAACAGCUGAUGACAAGUUCUUCCACCUCCACGGCUCACUCAAUCCCGAUGUGGUCCUGGAUAUGCUCAAGCUGCCUCUACAGCCCCCGAAGGACCAUGACCAGUUUCACCAUGUAUUGCCCAUGUUUCGUGCCGCCCUCGGGCAAUGGAACGCCGAAGAUAUCGAUAAGUUAUCCAACGACGUUAUAAAGACGGCUGGUUCAGUCUGCUACAGCCUAGAAGAGUAUCGCAAGACGGAGAUGAGCCGAGCCAACGAACACGUUGGCCUCUGGGAAACAAUCCCGGCGAAUCAACACCAAAAACCUACGUGGUGGACCAAUUCUGCGGGUGAAAAGCCCAACGAUCCAUCUCGACCUCUUGCUGGACUGAAAGUUCUCGAUGCCACUAGGAUCAUAGCUGGGCCAGCCGUUACUCGCGGCCUAGCAGAACUGGGUGCCACCGUCCUCCGCAUCACUACGAAGACGCGAGUUCCCGACGCAACGAUUUACCACCCAGAAUUCAACUGGGGCAAACGCAAUGCGUCUCUCGACCUGUCGCAGGAAGCCGACCACGCCACAUUUAAGAAGCUCAUUUUGGAAUGCGACGUCUUUGUAUCGAGCUACCGUCCCACCGUGAUGGAGAAAUGGGGAUUUGGCGCGGACAAUGUUCUCGACUUUUGCAAAGAACGAGAAAAAGGCAUCAUCGUGGUGAGGCUCAAUUCAUAUGGGUGGAACGGGCCGAUGCGUGAGAGAAGUGGCUGGCAGCAAAUCUCGGAUGCGCACACCGGCGUGUCUUGGGAAUUUGGGCGCGCAAUGGGACAUGAAGAACCCGUGACACCUCUUUUCCCAAACAGCGACUUUUGUACCGGGAUAUCGGGAAUCUGCAGCGUCCUGGAUGCAGUUAUCCGUCGUGCAGAGCAAGGUGGUUCCUACAAAAUCAACCUCGCUCUCGACUAUUACAACAAUUGGCUGACUCGCAACGUGGGUGUGUAUCCCGAGCCUGUCUGGAAGAAGCUUCACCAGCACUACGGCUCACCCAUCUUUCGUCACGACGACCACAUGCUUGUUCUUAUUGGAAAGGUGUCGUCGCUUCUCCAGAGGCAUUCACCAGAGGUUUUCGAUCCACAGUACUUGGAGGAUCGCCCUUGUCCAAACCUGGGAAUCAACAUUCGAACAGUCAAGCCAGUCUUGCAGUUUGCGGAUGUGGUUCGUCCCGGGUUCGACAUUGGAACCAGGGGUAAUGGUGUGGAUGAACCUACGUGGGCUUAA